GAAUUGUGCUCGGAAACGUACUGGGAGCAAAGCAUCUUGGGGAGGUGAGCGUUAGUAGAAUGCGUGCGCUGCCUCUUUGCAAAACAGUAGUGUUUGUAAAGCGCCACCUAACGGCAUACAGCAGAACUACUGCCUCUAUCUAAUUCUAGUUUUGCGCUAGACUCUGCUCAUGCAAGAAGCGGCCAAAACAAAAAAUCUGUUAUCAUACGAAAUAUAUUUAAUAUAUUUUUUAUUCUAAUAGCAUCUUGCGGACCCCUCUGGCAUAGCUCGCGGACCCCUGGGGGUCCCCGGACCACCUGUUGGGAACCACUGGACCAGAAGAACCAGGUUUGCUUCAGCCCUGUCUCCUGAUUUUGCCAUCGGUGGUCUUUGCGUUUUGCGUGAAAGGGAAAUGUUGCCUUUCAGAAUCCGGCGACCCACUGAGGAGAUGGCUCUGCAUUUCAAAAAGGAGGAAGAGGAGGAGGGCUGGGCGACCUUGGAUCCUGACCGGGCGGCUCUGCAUGGAGAAGUCAAGGAGGAAAAGGGCGGGCUCCAGGACUCGCUCGGUGACCAAGGGGCAAUUGAGAAAAAGGAAGAACUGUGGGGGGUGUCACUGGAAAGAGAGCAGUGUGGAAAGAGGAAACAGCCAGGAAGGAAAGCAAAAUCAAAUCAGGAGAGAAAACCCUUUGCUUCCCAGGGCAGUGGCUACCUUGAAAUCACAACCCAAGAAAAAACUGAUAAAAGGAAGAAGACCAGUCAAUGCCUCGUGUGUCAGAAAAGCUUCAGUUCGAGGUCUAAACUCAGAGCUCAUUGCAAAAUCCACAAAGGGGAGGAACCCUAUAAAUGCUUGGAGUGCGGAAAGAGCUUCAGUUGGUUCACAAACCUGAGCAGGCAUCAAAGAAGUCACACGGCAGGAAAAGUGCACACAUGCCUGGAGUGUGGAAAGAGCUUCAGUUCGAACUCGGACCUUAGGAAGCAUCAGAUUAUCCACACGGGGGAGAAACCCUAUAAAUGCCUGGAGUGUGGGAAAAGCUUCUGUCGCAGCACAACCCUCAUCAUGCAUCAAAGCCUCCACACUGGGGAGAAGCCGUACCGAUGCCUGGAGUGUGGGAAGAGUUUCAGUCAGAAGAUGUACGUCACUCGUCACCAGAGAAUUCACACCGGGGAGAAACCCUAUAAAUGUGCGGAGUGUGGGAAGAACUUCACGGUGAGGACGAGCCUGACUGCUCAUCAGAGAAUUCACACAGGGGAGAAACCGUAUAAGUGUGCAGAGUGCGGGAAAAGCUUCAGUCACAACUCAAGCCUAACAAUGCAUCAGAGGACUCACAUGGCUGAGAAACCAUACAAAUGCUUGGAAUGUGGAAAGAGUUUCAGCGUCAAAAUUAGUCUUACUUAUCACGAAAGGAUUCACACAGGGGAGAAACCAUAUACGUGUUCGGAGUGUGGGAAGAGCUUUAGUCAGAGCUCAGCCCUCUCCACACAUCAGAGAAUUCACAUGGCCGAGAAACCCUAUAAAUGUGCUGAGUGUGGAAAGAGCUUCAGUCAGAACGCCGACCUUAUCACCCAUCAGAGAAUCCACACAGGGGAAAAGCCAUAUAAGUGCUCGGAGUGCGGAAAGAGCUUCCGUUUGAGCACGGGCCUCAGUAACCACCACCGGAUUCACACCGGGGAGAAACCCUACGAAUGCCUGCAGUGUGGGAAAAGCUUCAACAACAGCACAACCCUCAAUAUGCAUCAGAGGACUCACUCCGAAGAGAAACCGUAUAAAUGCUUGGAGUGUGGAAAGAGCUUCUGUUCAAGCACAAUCCUCAUGUACCAUCAAGCUACUCACUCAGAGGAGGAGCCCUAUAAAUGCUCGGAGUGCGGAAAGAGCUUCAACCUGAACAAAGACCUCACUUCUCAUCAAAGAAUCCACAGAGAGGAGAAGCCCUACAGAUGCCUAGAGUGCGGAAAGAGCUUCAAUCAGAAGAUUAAUCUCACGUUUCAUCAAAGAAUCCACACAGGGGAGAAGCCGUAUAAAUGCUCGGAGUGCGGAAAGAGCUUCAGUCGAAGCACACACCUUACAUGUCAUCAGAGAAUUCACUCGGGGGAGAAACCGUAUAAAUGCCUCGAGUGUGGGAAGUGCUUCAGUUCGAGCUCAAACCUCAGUAAGCAUCAAGUGACUCAUUCCGGGGAGAAGCCCUACAAAUGCUCCGAGUGCGGAAAGAGCUUUAAAAGGAGAUCAUACCUCAGUAAGCAUCAGAGAACUCAUGAAGAGGAGGAAGUAUAGAACUACAUUACGCCUAGAAAGAACGUUCAUCCAAGUAUAACUUCUCAGAUUUCACACCCAGGAGAAAUCACAUAUCAUGUGUUGCCUCUCAGGCCAGAUCCACACCAUAGAUUCAAAGCACAUCCAACACUCAUUUAAAGAACAUGACUUUCCCUCAGUUGGGAAAAGUAGAUUGUUAAGGUGUUUUUUGUUUUUUUUAAGGAAAGGGCUUUUAAUGGGGCUGUGCUGUUGUUGUUUUACUACCUGUGUGUUAAUAUAUAUGUUUUUAUAUUGUUUUAAUCCUGUUAUAGUUUAAUUAUUUUCAAAUAUAAUUUUAUUUUUUGUUUUCACCUUUUGCAGGCAUUUUAACAAAAAAAAUGGUAACAAAAUUAAUCUACAUUUCUUUCGACUUCCCUCCUUUCUGCGGUUACUUAGUUUGUAUCUUUUUAUUACUGUAUAUCAGGGGUGUCCAACCGGUCAACCGCGAUCAAUAGGUCGAUCCCCUGAUGAUUGUGAUCGAUCGGAGGAUCCUUACCACUCAUGUUGUUUAGAAUCAUGCCUCCGCCCCUCUCUGUGUUUCCCUGCGCCACGUUUAAUGGGUGUUCCUUUGUUGUCUGCUGUACCGCUGCUGUUAUUUAUUGCAAUUCUUCACACCUACUGUUAAAAUAAGCUAAACCACUUUUUAAACCCUAAAAAAACUCAGCAACUUUGGCCUGCUCCCCUAAAAAAGGGGACCAUUUUUUCUUUCUGGAAGUAGAUCGUAGUCUCUUGGGAGUUGGGCGUCCCUGCUGUAUAUCCAAUUCAAAUUGUUUACCGAUGUUCCCUUUCAAUUAUUUCUUACCGCUUGAGUUUAUGUCAAUCCUGUUAAUAUUUCAAGUUGU